UGCACCCGGUUGAAAACAAAAUCCCACGUGACUGGCUCUGCUCUCAGGCUAUCAUGGCGUCUCCCAGUGGGAAGGGAGCCCAGGCGCCGGAGGCUCCUGGCUGCGGGCCCCGGCCGCUCGCCCGGGACCUGGUGGAUUCCGUGGACGACGCGGAGGGGUUGUACGUGGCUGUAGAACGCUGUCCGCUUUGCAAUACUACACGCCGGCGGCUGACCUGCGCCAAAUGCGUUCAGAGCGGCGAUUUCGUCUACUUCGACGGCCGCGACCGGGAGAGGUUUAUUGACAAGAAGGAAAGGUUAAGCCGACUUAAGAGCAAGCAAGAAGAAUUUCAAAAAGAAGUGUUAAAAGCUAUGGAAGGAAAAUGGAUAACAGAUCAGUUGAGAUGGAAAAUAAUGUCCUGCAAGAUGAGGAUUGAACAGUUAAAACAAACAAUAUGUAAAGGAAACGAAGAAAUGAAGAAAAAUUCUGAAGGUCUUCUCAAAACCAAGGAGAAGAAUCAGAAGCUUUACAGUCGAGCACAGCGGCACCAAGAGAAAAAGGAGAAGAUUCAGAGGCAUAAUCGCAAACUUGGCGACCUGGUAGAGAAAAAGACCAUUGACUUAAGAAGUCAUUAUGAGCGUCUGGCAAAUCUUCGACGAUCCCAUAUAUUAGAGCUCACUUCUGUCAUUUUCCCAAUCGAGGAAGUAAAGACUGGUGUGAGAGAUCCCGCAGAUUUGUCUUCAGAGAGCGACAGUGCCAUGACCUCCAGCACUGUGAGCAAGCUUGCUGAAGCCCGGAGGACAACUUACCUCUCAGGACGAUGGGUCUGCGAUGAUCACAAUGGAGACACCAGCAUUAGCAUUACAGGGCCUUGGAUUAGCCUCCCGAACAAUGGGGACUACUCUGCCUACUAUAGCUGGGUGGAGGAGAAGAAAACAACCCAGGGGCCUGAUAUGGAGCAGAGUAACCCUGCCUACACCAUCAGUGCUGCGCUAUGCUAUGCAACUCAGCUGGUCAACAUUCUGUCUCAUAUACUUGAUGUAAAUCUUCCCAAAAAGCUGUGCAACAGUGAAUUUUGUGGCGAAAAUCUAAGCAAGCAGAAAUUUACUCGAGCAGUGAAGAAACUGAAUGCAAAUAUUCUUUAUCUUUGUUUUUCUCAGCAUGUAAAUUUAGAUCAAUUACAACCACUGCAUACCCUCAGGAAUCUAAUGUACCUGGUCAGUCCGAGCUCUGAACACCUAGGCAGGUCAGGGCCCUUUGAAGUGCGAGCAGACCUUGAGGAGUCCAUGGAAUUUGUGGAUCCCGGAGUUGCUGGAGAAUCAGAUGAGAGUGGAGAUGAGCACAAAAGCGAUGAAGAAACCGACCUGGGCACAGACUGGGAGAACCUGCCUAGUCCCCGGUUUUAUGAUAUCCCUUCCCAGCCUGUGGAAGUCUCCCAGAGUCAGAGCACCCAGGUGUCCCCACCCAUUGCAAGCAGCAGUGCAGGUGGGAUGAUCUCCUCUGCAGCAGCCUCAGUGACCUCCUGGUUUAAAGCUUACACUGGACACCGUUAACGAGCAUGGACUAAAACAUGCCAAAUCUGCAUCAAGAAAGUUCUUCUCCCACUACACUCUAGUCAACAUUAUCUGUUUAGUUAAGAUAGUGCCUGGAACAUAGAGGUUAAAGUGGUGUUUUGGGUUUUUUUUAAGCAGGGAGACAAACAUUUCUGUUUGUCAAGUGGCCUGUGAUGGUGACCAAUGUGUUUGAUAAUUAAUAGAACAGAAGGGUCAAAGGUCUUUCUACCCAGACCAGUGUUGGUGAAGAAGGACCUGUGAUUAUGGCCAGUUCUGCCAAGGAAGCAGUUAAUUUGGGUUCCCUCUGGGCCCAGCUACAGGGUCCACAGACGUGCGUCAGUGUUCUGGUCCUUGCGGUGCUGAGUCUGUUGCUGACACUUUAAUUUUAGAGGUUGGUUGAAUCAUAAGAGGUGAUUCUUGAUGAUUAGGACAUGAAUGGGAAAAGCUCUUUAAUAGGAGUUUUUCUGCUAUUGUUUUUUGUACAGAGAACCAGCAGGCAAUUUGGAAUCAUUUGAUUAUUUGGUCCUUUGGUUUUGUUUGGGGAGAGGAUGUUUCAAUGUGUUUCAUUCGUGCUGCUUUGUCAUAGUUUGUCAGACAUACCUGUUUUUCUUUUCCCCCCACACACCAAAGAAAAUGAAAGUCUUUUUCUUUAGGAUCCACAUCUAUAAAUGGAAGAAAUCCUGGCUGCAAUAAUGUCCUAAAGAUUUUUUUUAAACUAUUUUCUUGUUUUCUGAGGAGAAUUAAGCUUAUUCUUACCUAGUUUAUUGAAUUCCUGCCAUCCACGCCAUGAGCAUUUUGAAAUUGAACUUCUCUGAGGGAUGAUAAGUCAUGAAGGUUGGCUGGCUUACACCUGUAAUCCCAGCACUGCGGGAGGCUGAGGCAGGCAGAUCACCUGAGGUUGGGAGUUUGAAACCAGCUACAUGAGUUUGAGACCAACAUGGAGAAACCCAUCUCUACUAAAAAUACACUGUAAUCCCAGCUACUUGGGAGGCUGAGGCAGAAGAAUCGCUUGAACCCAGGAGGUGGAGGUUGCGGUGAGUCAAGAUUACGCCAUUGCAGUCCAGCCUGGGAAACGAGCGAAAUUCCAUCUCCAGAAGAAAGAAAGAAAAGUCGUGAAGGUCAUUCCCUUAUGUGUAAGCUCAAUGCCUGCAUGGGCACAGGGGAAAAGCCACUUAGUUAAGCGGCCUCUGGUCAUUCUUGUGUUGUCCAGUUUCUUUCUAUGGGAUUUCCUAGGUGACAGGUGUUUCCAGGGGAAACGUCCUGCUUGUUUCCAAGGUCUUUGUUCUGAGGACACAGCUUUGCUCAGAAACGCAGCGCAGAUCCUUACAGCUAAUGCUGCUUGUCUCUGUUCUGGGGAAAGCACAAUGUAAAGAAUGUCCCUCACCAGGAGAUCAUUUUCAGCUCAUGUGUCUUGUCAUGCUUUUAGUGACAAUCUUACAAGAAAACUAUGAGAGAGGCAUUAUGUACAAAUAUGUAAGUAGUUUUUUAUUUUUAAUAACUGCACAAAAAAAUCCUAUGAAAAAUUCCUAACAGGCAUUAUUACCAUAUUAUCUUACGUGAUUAGCAUGAUAGCACCUCAGCUAAGUCAUUCAGAGGUUUGCCAUGUCCCACCUUCUUUUCUCAUUGUAAUUAUUGUAGUUGAUACUUUGCCUCCAAGUCUGGGGUGCUAUAUAGCUUUUGCUAAUGGUAUAUAUGGUGUUUGGUAUAAUUGUGGGUAGAGUUGCAGAAGGGAGUUUAUUUCUAUCCAGGAGUCUCAAAUUCCUUGGCUCUGUGAAUUUUCCAUGAAAGGAGGAAGUAGACUUUACUCCUUGUGGAUUUUCUUUUUUUUUUUGAAACAGUGUCUUGCUCAGCCCUCCAGGCUGGCGUUCAGUGGUGUGAUCUCGGCUCACUGCAAACUCUGCCUCCCAGUUUCAAGCAGUUCUCCCGUCUCAGCCUCACGAGUAGCUGGGAUUACAGGCACCUGCCAUCGUGACCAGCUAAUUUUUGUAUUUUUGUAGAGAUGGGGUUUCACCAUGUUGGCCAGGCUGGUCUUGAACUCCUGACUUCAGGUGAUAUGCCUGCCUUGGCCUCCCAAAGUGCGAGGAUUACAGGCAUGAGCCACUGCACUCGACCCCUUGUGGGUUCAUCUACACUGCUGUGUUAAGUGCCCAGCUACAUGAUUACUGGGCUUGCUUGCAUUUUCCCAUCCAGUUCUGGAGUUCAUAGAGAGUGGAGAUGGUGGACUUGAACAGAUACCAAAUAAACUUACGAUCUUUUAAUAGUCAUCUAGUUACUACUUACAACUCUCAGAAGGAAGAACUUGGUCUCACGAGUUGCAAGAUUGGAUUUGGAGCUUGGAGGUAGAGAUUGACUUCAUCUGAGAUGAACAGUAGUUACGGUUUUCUUAAGCCUUUUAUGAAACCAUGAAUGUGAGAUGAAGCUAUAGAAUCCAGAGAUCACAAACUCAUAUCUAGAAUACUUCAACAAAAUUUACAAAGAUGUGGGAACUUUAGGGAUUGAUAGGAUAUUUUGUUGUUAAUAUCAACUAGUGGCACUUUAUGUAGGGUUAAGUGAUCGAACCCUUUUGUGGUUUGGAACACCAACAUACUGGCUUACACUGCUGAAAUAUUUUGGGUUUCAUUAUUUUGCACUGGAUCCACCCUGUAAAUACUCUGAAGUAUACAUUUCAACCACUGUUUUUUCUACUCUUUUUGCUGCUCAUUAAAAUCUUUCAUGUAGGUGCCAGAACCAUAUGUAAACAGCAUUUUUAAAAAAUUGAAGCUGGUUUUUUUUUUUUUUAAAUAAAAAGCCAUAGAACUUGGUCAUGUUUUCCAUUUUAAAGUGAUUUAUUGAAACAAGGUAAUACUAAUAAAAACCCACACAGGCACCAAACAGGCUGCUUAAAAUGGUCUAUUAAAGACAUUUUUGGUAAUGGACUAUAAGAAAAGUUUUGCACAUCUAUAAGUUAGAGGGGAAAGCUGGGUCGAGUGGACAGGAUUCAUGUAAGGACUCACAGAAGUCGGGGAAGAGCAUUCAGUGGCGUGCUGUUAAGAGGACUAGUGUCUGAGAAUCUCCUCGCAGUGUCAUGUUGCAGGAAUUCCCCAUUGCUCUGCAACUUCCAAAUCAGUUUCAGUCAUACAGAUGUUUUCUAAACUUUAUUGUAUUACUGCAAUAAACCUUUUAACAGUA